CCCUGCCGUUGGGGGGUUGGCAGAUUGGGACCACAAGUGUCUGGCAGUGUGGGCUGGGGCCUUGUCACUGAGGCAGAGCCGUUUCAGGGCCCUGAAGCAACUGCCCCAUGCUCUGCUGAGCACAGUAAGGUACCAUGCUUCCACGCCUCCUCCUACUGCUGAGCGUCUUGGGCCCUGGCAACUGCCUUCAGCUGUGGGACACCUGGGAGCAGGGAACCAAGGCGGCCUCACGCGCUGUGCGUCUCCGGGAACGGAGACAGGCAGAUGUGGGUGAUGAUUUUGAGGACGCUGACUAUGUCCCGGAUGGCACAGAUCCCCCAGAACUGCUGACGAAUACCACCAACACCGUGGCUCCACACCCUGAGCCUCUGACCACGGUGGCCAUGCUGGAGCAGAGAGUUUCUGGAACCCCUGAGUCAGCCACGGCCCAGGUUACUGCCACUAGCCUUGCUGGCCCAGAUGCAGGAGGGCUGGCUGUUGGAAUGCUGAGCACGGAGUCUGCCCCACAGUGGAAGCCAACCACAGUGGAGACGACUAUCCAACCAGCAGCCACGGAAGCAGAGACCUCACAGCCAGCAGCCACGGAGGCAGAGACCUCACAGCCAGCAGCCACGGAGGCAGAGACCUCACAGCCAACACCCACGGAGGCAGAGACCUCACAGCCAGCAUCCACAGAGGUAGAGACCUCACAGCCAACACCCACGGAGGCAGAGACCUCACAGCCAGCAGCCACGGAGGCAGAGACUUCCCAGCCAGCAGCCACGGAGGCAGAGACCUCCCAGCCAGCACCCACGGAGGCAGAGACCUCCCAGCCAGCAUCCACGGAGGCAGAGACCACCCAGUUUUCCAGGAGUCAGGUUGUAAAAAGUCGGUUUACAGAGUCCACAGCCACAGAAUUCCCUUCCACAGAGCCCACUGCCACGGAGAUCAUGUCCACAGAGCCCACUGACUCUACCAUCUUCCUUGGGCCAUUUGUGAGUCACAAGGCCAAGGAUGAGGCAACUGGCCACUUCAAUGGCAAUGGUUUGAAGAAUGAGCUAUUGGUGACCCCUGGGAGCUCCCUGGCUACAACGACCCCAGUGACCUCUGACCUCAUUCCCGUGAAGCAAUGCCUGCUGGCCAUCCUCAUCUUAGCCUCGCUGGCCACCAUCUUCCUCGUGUGCACCGUGGUGCUGGCGGUCCGCCUCUCGCGGAAGAACCACAUGUACCCGGUGCGGAACUACUCCCCCACGGAGAUGAUCUGCAUCUCAUCCCUCCUACCCGAGGGGGGCGACGGGGCCCCCGUCACGGCCAAUGGGGACCUGCCCAAGGUCCAGGACCUGAAGACAGAGCCCAGUGAGGACCGCGACGGCGAUGACCUCACCCUACGCAGCUUCCUCCCUUAGCGCCCCUGGCUACCUGAGCAAGACCCUUGCUGGCUUCACCCUCCACGCCCACCCACCGGUCACCAAGGCCACAGCUCGGGGCUAUCUGGGGGAACUUUCUCCAUAGGGAUCGUGAGGGAAGACGCCUUGACCCACCCCAAUCAUGGCCCAGAGCCUCCAAGGUCCUGCAGCUCCUGCUUCAUUCAUGGAGGCUGGUGGUCCCCAGGCCAAGGACCACGGUAGCAGUUGCUGCUCCUGGACCCCUCCCUCUACUUGUCUGCUGUUUUUUUUGGGACCCCCCCCCACCUACCCAUCCUCCCGCUCCACCCCCCCCCCCCCCCCCCCGCCUCCGCCAAUGCCUCCCAUGCUGUGUGACUUCCUGCAGGGUCACUGGAGUCCUGACCUCACAUCCCCCAAGAAAGAAAGAGUUCCCCUUACCCCACUCACAAAGCCUGCCUCUCGGUUGCCAUGGUUACCUGAUAAGAAAGGACCUCUGGGGGGGGGGAAGCUGCCAUUUCCCAAGGCCCGUCUGAUCCUCUACCCCCACUGAGGGGCAGCUUGGCUUUCCCAGGCGAGGCUUGGAAAGACAGUCCUUCAUUAGGGUCUGUGUGAACCAUGGGCUUCCGUCCAGUGACAGAGUGACCUCGCACCGCGGCCUGGCACAGCCCAGGCACUCAAUAAAUGUGUGUGGUAACAAA